AUGGCCGCUCCUGCUUCGGUGACAAUCGCCGACCUCUCCGGCAAGUGGGUCAUGAACAAGACCCUCUCCGACUCUCCCGAGCCCGCCCUCACUCUUCAGGGAAUCGGCUGGAUGACCCGCAAGGCCGUCGGCCUCGCCACCGUCACCCUCACCGUCAAGCAGUACUCGGCGUCCCCGUCUCCCCCCGGCACCGGCACCGAACCCGUCACCCACAUCGACAUCGACCAGACCGCCACCGGCGGCCUCAAGGGCACCUCGGAGAACCGCUGCCUCGACAUGGAGUGGCGCGAGCACUCGGACUGGAUGUUCGGCAGCGUCCGCGGCCAGAGCAGGUGGAUGGCCCCUGCCGACAUCGAGGACGAGUUCCUGAAGAAGGGCUGGCUCGAGGGCGACGCCGAGGCCACCGGCCCCGACGGCAAGAGCCACAUCUACUCCCACGUCGAGAGCAUCGACAACGGAUGGACCGCCUCGCAGGUCUGGGGUUUCCAGACCAUCAACGGAGAGCGCCGGUAUGCGCGCAACGUGCUUGUUCAGAAGGGCGGCAAGAGAGUCGAGAUCCGUCUCGUGUACGACUACCUUCCUUAG